GCGGCAAAAGUGAAGUGAUUGAAACCAUAUGUUAUUUUAAUGUCAAAUGAUUUUCCUUUUGCAACUAGAAGAAAAAAUGACAUCAUUCAAUUUUCAAAUCAAACCGGGGAAUAAAAAUAAAUUGCUUUAAAAAUACAGUGGUGCAUAUUUCAUUUAAUUUCAUGUGAAUUUUUGUUUUAAAUUUUUUAAAAUUAUUUUAAAACUUGUUUCUUCCAUCAAACUAAAAAAUGGCUAAUCAACAAUAUUCAAUGCACAACAUCAACCAAGGUGGGUAUGUACCUCCUGGAUAUCCACCUGUUAUCUCUCAGCAACCCAAUUCACAACAAUACGGAUUUCAACCGCCUGCAGAUCAUACUUAUCCACCGCCAACGCAUGGUCCAUAUGUGGGACCUCAACAUCCGUAUGCUCCUGUGCCUACUGAUCAGGGUCAGUAUGCACCUCAAAUGCCUUAUUCAGGGAAUCAACCAGCUCCCUUUGGUUCCGGUGGAUAUCAACCACCACAAGGAGGUUAUGCUGGUGGUGCUCCAGGUGAUUGGAUGACUAUGCCUGUUGGUAUACCCAACUGUCCUCCGGGUUUGGAAUAUCUCACGACAAUUGAUCAACUUUUGGUUAAACAAAAGGUAGAAUUACUUGAAGCAUUUACGGGAUUUGAAACAAAUAACAAGUUUAGCAUUAAAAACAGUUUAGGUCAGAAAGUUUACUAUGCUGUUGAAGAUACUGAUUGUUGUACUAGAAAUUGUUGCGGACCAUUACGUCCUUUUGAUAUGAAAGUUUUAGAUAAUUAUCAAAAUGAAGUGAUUCAUUUAUAUCGUAAAUUGGCAUGUAAUUCAUGUUGCUUCCCAUGUUGUCUGCAACAUAUGGAAGUGUCAUCUCCUCCAGGAACUGUUGUUGGAACAGUAGAGCAAGAGUGGAGCAUUUGUAGCCCUCAAUUUAGUAUUAAAAAUCAUGUCGGAGACACAGUUUUAAGAAUUGAAGGGCCAGUUUGUACUUUCAGUUUAUGUGGUGAUGUUGAGUUUAAGGUUGUUACUAUGAGUGGCACACAAGUUGGUAAAAUUUCGAAACAAUGGUCUGGCUUUGCUCGAGAAAUAUUUACAGAUGCCGAUUUCUUUGGAAUAACUUUCCCAAUGGACUUAGAUGUUCGAAUGAAAGCAACUUUAUUGGGUGCAUGCUUUUUAAUUGAUGCUAUGUUUUUCGAGAAAUCUGGUAAUAAAGAAAGCGAUAGGCCUGGUCUUUUCGAUGUUUGAAUUCCGCAUUAUCCAACCUUAUAAUAUACUUGUAAAAAAUUCGUAAAUAAAUAUUAGAAAUAAGGUUUUGUACGCCAAAAUAGUAGAACUUACCUGAAAGUUAAAAUGAUAUUGUUUUGAAAAAGUUGAUAUUACAUAUGUAUAUAAAGUAAAGAAAACGCGUAGAACAGAUUUGUAAAAAAUUAAAUUGCUAAAAUUUAAAAUAAUUCAUCUUCAUUUAUUUCUAUUAAUAUUAAAGUUGCUAUUCUCAUCUUGAUUGAUUUGAGAUCUUUACAUCUAAACAUACAUAAUAUUAUGUAAAUAUUAUUAUUUUAAAUUUUUUUUUUAAUAAAUGUUAAAAACAUUUUGAAGACAAAGAAAUAAUUUAUUUGUUAUACAGUGUAUAUUUUAAUACAAACUAAUUUUUUUUAAUAUAAAAUA